GGCCCCUCGUCAGGGUCCAGCGCUGAACAAGGGACAUUUAUAUGUACCUGGGAACCAAUCUGGCCUCUCAGCGACACGCAAAGUUCCUUAAGGGGUCCGGGUGGAUUCCACUUGGAGCCUGCAGCGCCCCCGCAGGGGCUCCCCACGACCUCCCUUUGGAGGUGCGAGAUGGACUCCCCUCUGAGAAACUGGAGGGAACAGACCAGACCAAGGAUCCCCCACAUGCCUGUCCCUGUAAUGCUGGACAGGGAUUCGUCUGCCUCCACCUCUGAGUGCAACAGCCCCUUGAUGCCCCGGCAGGGCCCCCCAACUUUCCCGUGGACUAUCUGGGGGCCGGACUUGGCAGCGAAUGCCCAGGGACGCGCGGGUCCUUAGCCCACCUGGCCAAGGGCAAGGGAGGGCUGACUUCAGGCCUGCCCGCCCUGCUUCCCCAGGAGCCGUCCCAGCCACACCCACCCGUACUGUCUCUGGAGCCCGGAGCCCGGCCAGGCGCGCUCCCGCUCUCUCUCCCUGCCACCGUCUUGGUGGACAUCCGUGACUCAGGCAGCCCUCCCAAGUCCUCUUCAUGCUGCUCAUCUUCCCCUCAGAGUCCUAAGCUCUCCCCACUGCUCCAGUUCAAAGCCCUCUUCUUCCUGGUUUCCUGACCCCCCAUCCCACAAUCCAGGCUUUCCUUGAAAUCCGUGGUAAUAUUUACGAAUAGAACAUGAGGGCCAGGAGGUGAAGGAGGGGUUACAAGCGCGGAGCAGAAUGGCGGGGGCGGGGACUGUCGCCUUGUGAAAGCGGUGCUGUCCUUCCAUAGCGCCUGCCAGCCCGCCCGGGACCUCCCAGCGCCCAGGCCAGGCUUACUCAUCCCCGCGAGGUGAUCCCAGGCGGGAGCGCGCAUUCGGAGAACCCAGUAAUCCGAGAAUGCAGCAUCAGCCCUUCCCACCAGGCACUUCCUUCCUUUUCCCGAACGUCCAGGGAGGGAGGGCCACGCACUUAUAAACUCCGGCCGGCCGGGCGAUCAGCAUGUGGGAGGCUGCCUCGCCCGGGCUGCGCGCCUCCACCAGAAGCGUCUGGGCUGGGACAGACCCGAGCGGGUGUCACCGGCGGCUCCUGCAGCCCCUCCGCCCAGGCGCUGGCCCAGCCCAGUCGCGGCGCGGGUGCCUUCCUUAGCACGCGGCACACCUGGGCAGCAUGCUCGGAGUCUUGAUCCUCGGCGUGCUGGCCCCGGCUGGCCUGGGGCUCCCCACGCCCGCACAACUGCAACCCGGCGGUAGCCAGUGCGUGGAGCACGACUGCUUCGCGCUUUUCCGGGGCCCUGCGAACUUCCUCGCUGCCAGCCAGACCUGCGAGAGCCUGGGGGGCCAUCUGAUGACCGUGCGUUCCUCGGUGGCCGCCGAUGUCAUCUCCUUGCUGCUGAGUGGCGACAGUGGCGACGGUGCUCGUCUCUGGAUUGGCCUGCUGCUCCCACCCGGCUGCAGUGACCCCAGGCACCUCGGAUCCUUGCGCGGCUUCCAGUGGGUUACGGGCGACAACAGCACCAGCUACAGCAGGUGGGCGCAGCCGGACCGCGGCUCUGCGCCGUUCUGCGGCCCUCUCUGCGUGGAGGUCUCAGUGACCGGAGACCCUGCGCCGGGCGAGCCGGCUGACGCCGUCCUGCAAGCCGACGGGCGCUCCUGCGCCGCGGCCGCCUCCGAGCACUCCUGCGAGGAUCUCUGCCAGCACUUCUGCAUCAGAAACUCCUCCGACGCGCGGGGCUCCUACACGUGCAUGUGCGAGACCGGCUACCAGCUGGCAGCCGACCAGCACCACUGCGAGGAUGUGGACGACUGUAAGCUAGUGCCCAACCCGUGCCCGCAGCUCUGUGUCAACACGCAGGGGGGCUUCAGAUGCCACUGCUACCCCGGCUACGACCUAGUGGACGGCGAGUGCGUGGAGCCCGUGGACCCGUGCUUCGGGUCUACCUGUGAGUACCAGUGCCAGCCCGUGGGCCAAACGGACUACCGCUGCAUUUGUGCCGAGGGCUUUGCGCCCAGCCUGCAGGAUCCGCACAGGUGCCGGAUGUUCUGCAACCAGACCUCGUGCCCGGCCGACUGCGACCCCAACACCCCUGGGAGCUGCCAGUGCCCGGAGGGCUACAUCCUGGACGACGGCUUCAUGUGCACGGACAUCGACGAGUGCGACAACAGCGGGUGCCCCCAGGAGUGCCGGAACCUGCCCGGCUCCUUCGAGUGCAUUUGUGGGUCAGACUCUCCCUUUGCCGGCCAGGUGGGUCCUGACUGUGACCCCAUCACGGUGACCAGUGAUGAAGAUGACGGCUCUGGGGAACUCCCUACCACCCCGUUGUCCACCUCGAGCCCCACUCCGUCGAGGCAUUCAGGCGUGCUCAUUGGCACCUCCAUCGCUAGCCUGUCCCUGGUCGUGGCCCUUUUGGCACUCCUCUGCCACCUGAGAAAGAAGCAGGGCGCCUCCCGGGCCGACCCAGAGUACAAGUGCGCGGCGCCGGGCAAAGAGGUGGUGCUGCAGUACGUGCGGACCGAGCGGGCCCCGCAGAAGCUCUGAGAACACGCGUGCCCCCUCCUGGCCCCAGACUCCAGCUUUCCUCUCUGGCUACCCAGAUGGACCUAGAUGGCAUGACCUGGAGAAAACCCUUCCCCAGACUCCCCAAAGUGUUAUCGCUGGUUCUCUGCAUAGCUGGUGAGAAGGGAUGGAAGGAGGCUGAGUCCCGGCUUCUUCCUCCACGUCACCGGACAAUGGACAGAGGUGGUGAUUUACGGUGAAGGUGAAGCCCAGACUGCGUAUCCCAGGAGGGGUGAGCGGGAUUGGUAGGCAGGCUUGGGGCAGACCUUGAUCCGUGGUCUAGUGGUGACCGCGAUAUUUAUUUUGUAAGUAUUUAGGGUUUUAUUUCUUUCCUUAUCUCCAUUCUCACUUAAGGUUUCCCACUUGCCCUGUGGCAGUGAGACCGUCUGGCUGAACUCCCAGUGCCUCCUGUCCUCUGGCAGAGGUGCCAGGCCCCAUGCCUCCCUCCUUCCUCCCAGGCUUCUCCUCCCAGGAACCGGCCCCUGGUCUGGACCUCUGCCCAAGCGUGACUGACCCUACCUCUUUUUGCUCUGAGCGUCUGCCCAGGCAGAACUCAAAUCUGAAACAGAAAACAGACACACUAAAAACACACACCCUCGGGCACCCGCUUUUCGCCAGAUUUGCUCAUUUGUACCUGACAUUUGAGGCUUCCUGAGCAAAAUAAUUUUAACGAAGGUCAAGGUGUGAGAGGCAUUAAUACAAUGAGUGUUGCUGGACAGUUAUAGCAACGAAACCCAAGGAGUUUUUCUUAUACACUGUUAUCUUUACACAGUGAGCCUGGGUUUCACUGUUGCCAUGGUUCUGAUUUGAACAUGAAAAGUGGUCAUUGUUACGUUUCUUACGUGGUUUCCUUGGUCUUGGUGGUUGUUGUCAUUGUCGUGACUUAUUUGUGACAGCGCAGGGAGGUUUGGAUGGUCGCCGCAGACUCAGGAGAGAAGCGCCUCCCAGGAGACAGUGUAAGAGUUUUGUGCUGUCUGAUUCCUAUCGGUUAUCCUUUUGACUCUUACUGCUCCAGAAACUUAGAGGCCAAAACAAAAACCAGCUUGACUGGUUCUGUGGGCUUGAGGAGCUUGGGAAUGGAGCCUUGAGGAUGCCCUCUGACCGCUGGGCCUUCAUCAGGUCCCGGAAGAAUUUCUCCUAUUGCAAAGGGGCUUUCUGACCCUGGCCAUUGGAGAGGCUGCCCAUGGGAACCGGUUAAAAAUAUAGAAUUCGAAGCUCCACCCCACCAACUCCCAAGAGUCUGCAUUUUAACAAGAUCUGCAGGGGUUUAUCUGCCCAGUAAUCUGAGGACAACUGCAGAGACAGUUUCCCAUUUUCUGGAGUAUAUUAAAUAUGGAUCAGUAAUGAAGAGUGGGCCAAGUCAGACCCUUUCUUCUCAAGAAACUGAGGAAUUUUUAUUAACAGCUUUGCUUUCAGGUAGAAAAGACUAGGUACAGACCUCUAGCCACUGCUGCAAGGGGAGAGGUCUUUGGUUCAACGAGGCUAGGAAUGAAGAAACCAUGCUUCAGCGUCUGGAAGAAACUGUAUCAUUUAAAUGUAUUAUUAUUAUUAUUAUUAUUUUUUGUAAGGCAAAGGUUUUCCUCUCCUAUUUUGUCAACUCAGCACAUUUGUACAUAGUUAUUUAUUUAUUUGGAGAUAAACCAGAACACAGGCAAAACCCUUGCUUUGAUGUCACUUGUACAAAAUAAACAACUUACAAUGUG